AUGAGCGUGGAGGCCUUGACCUGUGUCGAGAACGCCUUGCUGCUUGAGCAACAGGGGAAGCUGCGGGAGGCGGAGGAGUGGUUCACGCUGGCGAUUCACAGGCUCCGCGGGGCGCUGCAGGACAAAUCCCUCGGCAACUCACAGUCGCUGGUGCUCACAGAACACUUGCAUGACGCCGCACGUCGUCUCCAGCAGAUACGCAGCGUCAUGCGCGCCGAGGAGGAACGACAGCGGCAGCGCCAGCAGGAACAGCCGAAGCCAGGGCCGCAGGACUCGAGAAGGCAAAUGCCAUCCACACCGCCACCCGUAAGAGAGCAGAAGCGAGCAGAGGUGGUGCCUGCCGUUCGUCCACCAUCCGUUCCUGUACAUGCAGCGACGCCGAAAAGACAACAACAACAACGGCAGCAACAGCAGCAACGGCGGUCGGACUACUCAUUAGCGUGGGCUUCUCCCUCGCGUGCUUCGGAUACCGUCAAGAAGGCCAUAGACAUCGCCACAACAUUGUUGCAGCAGAAAAAGUACAAGCAGUCGGUGGAUGUCUUGCAGCAUGCGUAUGAUGUAGGGAAUAAGGAGCGCAACAAGCCCGGUAACUUUCACCGCAUUGAGGAAUAUCUUGUUCUUUUGCGGCGUGAGUACUACAACCACUUCAAACCACGAUUCCUGCAAGACAACCCGGUGCUCCCAGCGGAGAUGGAUGUUUUGCGGAGGUCGGGAAUCACCAAUACGAUUCAACUGCCCAUGUGGGAUGAUGUACAGGAGGGGUACGCCAGGGAAAAUGUCUUUAUGCCAUGUGAGGGCCACUGGGAGGAUCCAUUUACGCCCCGCCUAUCAACAUCGCAGCGGGCAGAAGGGGCAAAAUAUCUUCGAAUUGGCGAAAUCAAGCCGAAUGCCGAUCUUUGCAUAAUUCGCUCUGCUGAUCCAUUGAAUGUGAAGCAAACUGUUGUGGGGGACUGCUCGAUGGUAUGCAGUCUCAUCAUCUGCGCCUCCUAUCAACAACGGUUUCCAAAAGGGAAGAUCAUUAGUAACGUCAUUUAUCCUCAGGACAACAAUGGUGAUCCCAUUGUUAACCCCAAAGGAAAGUACUGUGUCAAGAUGCUCAUCAAUGGCAUGACCCGCCUUAUUGCCAUUGAUGACCGUUUUCCCGCAGCCCCGCGUACGGGGAGGUUACUCUGUACAUACAGCAAGGACGAGACAGAGUUAUGGGUGUCUAUCAUGGAGAAGGCGUUUGUUAAGCUCUGCGGUGGGAGCUACGAAUUUCCGGGGAGUAGUAGCAGCAGCGAUCUUUACAAGCUCUCCGGGUGGCUUCCUGACAGUGUUUCGUUUGAGUCCAAAGAAUUUGACCCUGAACUUCAAUGGAAGAGGCUCUACACACGACAUGUGAAUGGAUCUGUUCUUAUAACGGCGAGUACAGGGACAUUGUCAGAGGAGGAGGAGAAGAGGUUGAAACUUGCCGCCUCUCACGCAUAUGCAGUCCUGAUGAUACGAGAGGUGGAUGGGGAACGUCUCCUACAGCUCAAAAAUCCAUGGAGUCGCCAGUCUUGGUCUGGAAUGUACUCUGUUGAUGACAGGAGAGAGAAGUCCAGGGCUCUUCUGGCACAGUUGCAGUACACGGAGGCUUUGGCCGAUCAAGGCGUAUUUUGGAUCACAUGGAAGGACCUUUGUGCCCAUUUUUCACGGUGUUCUCUCAGCUGGAACCCUUACAUGCUCUAUAAGAUGCCAGACGGCAUGUCGCAAAGGCCAACACGAUUGUCGUGCCAUAGACGCUUCCCAUACACGAUGAGCACAGGACAGGUGCCGCAGUUUCACAUUGGGGUCAUCAACGCGCCAAGGCCAUCCCGCAUGCAUCUUGUCUUUGCGCGUCACACCAGCAACGUGGAAUCGUUUGGAGUGCAGUUUGUAAAGGAUGAUCCAAAAGUACCGUAUGUGGCGGUAAAAGUUUAUGACGUGACGCAAUUUCCUUCCAUCGCACAGCACCUUGGCGCGUCCUGCAGCUUUGAGACGUGUUACUGCCGUCGUCUUGCGCAUGGAACGGAGCUGGAGGCGGGAUUUACACCGCUUCAUGACGUCUCCUACAAGAACAUGGCCGAGCACACAUUAAGUUUUAAUUGCCCCGCUGGGACAAGCAAUUUGCUUGUUGCUCUUAGCCGUAUAGAGUCCACAGUGAAGGAGGAAUUUAGCUUUUCGCUCACACUGCAUACAGAGUGGCCUCAAAUAAAAUUGAAUGGGGAGAAACGAUCCCCUUCGGGUGUUUACAUGCACUUCAUUCCGCAGAGCCAACUCAAGCACUGCACCGUCCGACAAGGAAAAUGGGAGAAGGGGGUAAGUUGCGGUGGCAGAACGAGCUUGCAGACGUUUGCGUAUAAUCCCCAGUACCUUCUAACACUCUCCAAACCAUCAAUGCUUUCGGUGCGGCUGAACGUUCCGGAGUGUGAAGUGUCGGCGCAGGUGCAUCUUGUACGGAAGGAACAGAAUCCGGCACGUGAGCAGGUAAAAUGGUCGUCCAGGGUCAGUGCCCUCAAUGAGGAGUGUGUGUUUUUUUUGCAUGCACCGUUGUACGCCCACGGAGGUGUGGUGGUGGACACAAGCCUCUGGAGGUGUGUCACUUUCGACCCUAGGCAACUUCUUGGCGAGAGACGGAAGGAGAAAGAAAAGGCAGUGGCCGAGCCGCCUUCGCCUUUACCCGCGGGUGAAUACACCAUUGUGCCGGCGUUGUGGGAUAAGGGCGUGCCUGCGGUAUUUGAGCUCGUCGUGGAAACGACAGAACCGCAUGAGUUGCGUGAGAUACCUCCGGAGGGGGUCGGCUUUGUGGAGACGACGCUGCAGGGGAAUCUGAUAGGCGGUGCCACGGCCGGACUGUCCAUGUUGCUGCUGCCGCGGACCGAUGCUUACUUUUCCAGCAACUGCAAGGCCUGCCUUGUGGCCACGAAUCCAUGCGUGCUGACGGCACGGUUGUUGCUUUUGCUUGCCGACGACACGAAGAAUGACGUUUCUACCAAUCUGUCUCUUUUCCGCUCGAAGGAUGCUGCAACGAUGGAGCGCAUCGCAUCAUCUGGCCCGUACGAAUUGUGCGGAGUGGCGUUGCCGCCAGUUAAACUGGAUGCCAACGUGACAUAUGUCCUGGUUAUGUCGUCUGCCAAACCAUCCCACGCAAAGUACGCGCUGCGAUUGUAUUCCAGCACGGCUAUCAGGGCCUGGUUGCAGUGA